AUGAUCGCCAGCAUUCUCGCUCUCCUUCCGUUUGCCCUCUUUGCUGUUGCUCAGAGCAGCCAGUGUGACACUGGUACCAUUCAGUGCUGCGAGAGCUCUACCAGCUAUUCAACGGCUCAGUGGAUGUACCCUGAGUACGGCAUCGUCGAUGCUGUUGCAAAGGUUGGCGCUGUUGUGGGUCUCACAUGCUCCGGCGUCACCGUCGUCGGCACUUCAAGUGGCUGUGUCGCCAACCAGCAGCCACUGUGCUGCGAGGACAACAGCUACAAUGGUGUCAUCAACCUUGGCUGCACUCCUAUCAAUGUCAACGCUUGA